GACUUCGAGAAGAGAAGAACCGAGAUGGCGGGCUCCGGCCAGCAGGAGGAUGCGCUGGCGCCCGGGCUGGCGGCGGCCAUCAAUGCGCUGCCGGAGAUGACGGAGAAGAAGCGCAGCAUCGACAUGCAUACAAAUAUCGCCCACGCUCUGGUGGCGGAGGUGAAAGCACGAGAACUGGAUAGGUACUACGAGUUCGAGGAUCAGUUGGCAUCGCAGUCCCUGGGGACCUCCGUGAAAGAGCUGGAACAGCUCCUGGGAUCCUCGCAGAAGGGGACCCUGGCAGAUAAGCUACGA